AUGAACCAAACCAUAGUUGGUUUGAUGAAGCGGUUCGAAUAUGAGGCACCGCCAUGGUUUCACGAAGACUACUCAGGCUCAGAUUGUGGAGAUGAAGUUGAAGAAGACGAGCCUGAACCAAAGCCACGAAACUAUGAAGAAGAUGACGCCAGCCACAAGAGUUGGUAUGAUGAUGUCGGAGAGUCAUAUGAAGGUGAAUCAUUGUGUGAGGAGAAUGAGUCUCAAGUAAGCCUAGAGGAAGAAGGCUAUGCACGUGAACCAGAGUAUAGAGAUUUCACUCGUGAAGAAGAACAAGAUCAGUUCAUGGACCCUUACACACAUGAGGCAGAGAUUGACCUUUAUCAUGAAAACAAGCCAUGGUGUAAAGAAACUGAAUGUGAAUUCGGUCUAAGAGAUCAUGAAGGAUAUGAAGAUGAACCAGAUCGUGGAGAGUUUACUCAUGACGGAGAACAUGACCAAUUCGUGGAUCUGCUAGGAGAGACUAAUCCACAUGAUGAAGAACCAUGGAACGAAGAUAACUUUGGUGUUGAAUUAGAGUUUGAAGGGGAGGAACCAGAACAACGAUACAUCUCAUUCUCAGGCCAUAGCCAAGGAUCAGAAGCCUACACAAGGUGGGAACAAGACAUGGAUAAUUGGUUUCAGUCUAACCAAGUCCUUGAAGAGGAGAAGAUGACUUAUGCUGAAGAAACUCUCACGGAGGAUGCAUUUAGGCAUUGGGAAAGGGAAGAUUACAUGCGAAUUGACUUUGAUGAACCAGCCUAUUCUUGGGAAGACAUGAAGAAGAUCAUGUAUGAAGAGUUUGUGAAGGAUGCUGAAGCCAACAAACAAUACUAUGUGAAGAUCGAUGCAAACCCCAAGCCAAGGAGAUGGAUUCUAGUAACAAGGUCUUAUCCAAAAGCUAAGCCAAAGAAAGCUUGCUGUCCAGAACCAAAGAGAGUGUUUCCUAACACUCAAGAAAAGAAGACAGCAGCUAAACAAGUGCUACCCUUAAAGGACGUUCAACAACUUCCAAAACCAAAAGAUGAUGUACAAAAGAAGAUGGUUGAAGAAGUGAUUAUGUAUGCACAAGGACCAGACUUGCACCAAGAGAAAUUAAUCAUGGAGCCCAAGUCUUAUGGAGAUGAAAACCUUAUCGAGGAGAACAAACUAGACCAGAAAGCAACACAAGGAGAUUUCAAACCCAUACAGCUCGAAUCAACCCACCAGGAGCAUGACGGAGGAGUCAUCACGUGCUUGCUGAUCAAGGAAGAACCACCUGAUGCAUCUUUACGACUCCCAGCAAGCAACGAGCAAACCAUGACCCAUGAUCCUACAAUUUUGAGGACAAAAUUUAGUCAAGGGGAGGGUAUGAUGAGGUCAUCAAACCAGUUGCUAACCCGGAGCUCCAUCAAACAUACCAUUCAAGUCGCAACAGAUCCGACAAGGACCUAUGUGCCUUUCUUGGAGCUUACCGAAUUAACCACGAAUAUUCGGAGCAUCAAACCACUUGGAAAACGUUCUCAGGUCAACUACAGAAAGCCAUGCAUUUGA